UUAUGAGUUGUGUUAGAAAGCAUAUAUUAGUGACUGGUUGUGUAUGUCUUCAUGAAAGGUUAUAUCUUCGGAAGUUAAGUUUUACAAGUUAAGUUUUGUGCACUAGAUAUUUGAUUUGUGUUGAUUGAUUCAUUGUGUUCAAAUUAGUAAAGGGUUUGUCUGAUUUUGUGUAAUGGGUUUGCUUUUUACAAGAUUUUAUCAAUUAGUCAUUGUUUUGGCCAGACACAGAGGGAAUCUUUUCACAGCUACAGGGCUUGAAGGGUUCAGUAACAAGGACAACCAUAUUAUCGAGUCCAGUCCUUUCAACAAGGACAAAAUGUUUCUAUCUACUAAGAAGUUUGAUGACUGGGAGAACUCAAAAACAUUUGUAAAUGCAUUGGAAAAGAUUGAAGCUUGGAUUUUCUCUCAAAUUAUCGAGUUUUUAUGGUGGCAGGUAAUGGAACAGUGUGUGGGUAGACUGGAUAUGGCCAUGUUCAAUGCCAUUCUUCGUGAAUCAGCUGGUGACAACCCAACGGAUCAUGUCUCUAAUCCCAUUAGUGAUUCUCGCGUUCUUACUGUUCCAGCUGGGAACUCAAGCUUUGGUUUGGGUGCACAACUUUAAAAUGUUGUAAGUUAUAAUACAACAUUGGUUGUAAGUUAUUUUAUUUCUCCAGUUCAAAUAACUCUGUUCAAUAUAUACUUAGCCGAUCUAAGUUAUUCGAUUACUUGCUUUCGGGACUUGGUGGCAGUUGUGAUAUCCACUCUGUAGAUGAGGUAAGUAUCUCUCAUGUAUUGCGUGCAUUACCACAUUAAUUUAGAGCGUUAUGUUUUGUCUGGUUGUUUCAUAACAGACUUUUGAGGAUGAAAGACCAACGUUAACAUUAUGGGUCACCUGUGACAGUUCCCACAAUGAGGAUGUUAAACUCAUUUUGGUUUUAUCUCAAACUCUAUUGUCCGCUAGUUUAGAUGAUAGACCAUUUCCCUACCUUCUAUGGUUUAAAAAUGAACUAUGCUCUCAUUUAUGACAAUAUUUGUAAAAUUACUUUGCAGGAAUGAGCAAAAGAGGAGUACAAACUCAUUUCCAUAUAUCGUUCGUUGUUAUGUGUCACUGUCUUCAUAUGAUGCCAAGAAACAAAGCUUGGUCCUGGCGGUGAUGAUGCAUAUGCCAAAUUGAAUUGAAGUAUCAACAUUUUGGUUUCAUCAAUAAACUAUGAGGCUUAUGUAUCAACUUUGGUUGCAUUAUAAUUCUGUCUUGUACAAUGGUAUGUGAAGGUGCAGAAAUCUG